AUAUAUAUAUAUAUUAAAAUAUAUUGGGAGAAGAUAAAUGGACUCUUUUUAAUGAUUCACAGCAACCUCAUUUAUCCCCUACUGUUACUAGAGAGAAAAAUGUCAUCAGAUAACCAGUGGUCAGCAGAUGAGGACGAAGGUCAAUUUUCCCGGCUGAUCAGGAAAUCUAGAGACUCCCCCUUUGUGCCUGUAGGAAUAGCAGGCUUUAUGACUGUGGUGUCCUAUGGUCUUUACAAGUUAAAGAACAGAAGAAAUCAGAAAAUGUCCAUUCAUCUUAUUCACAUGAGAGUUGCUGCCCAAGGAUUUGUUGUAGGAGCUGUGACUCUAGGUGUUCUCUAUUCUAUGUAUAAGGAUUACAUUAGACCUCGAUUCUUCAAUGUGUCCAAAAAAUGA